AUGAUAAAAUCUAAGGAAUUUCCCAAGAACUUUCUUUUCGGCAGCCGUGAAGAUUAUAUCCUCAAAACACAACUUGAAAGCAUAUCUGCCGAGAGAGAAGGAAACGUGGAGUUCACCGCCCAGAAUACUCAGUCGAUGCAUUCUACCUUAGCCCCGCCAAAUACUCCUUGGUCCCCCAAGGACGCAUCUCAAGAUCACCAAGACUCACACAAGGGUCAAAAAACCCGUCCGAAUCUUGAAGAUGGACACCAUUCCAGUAUCAAGUCCCAAUCUAAAAUGGCUUCAUCCUCGGACGAAAAUUUUGAACACUGGAAAAUGAUCGCCAUCAACUCCCAGAAAGAGAACCAGAACUUGAAGUCUCAGCUUAUCGAAAUCAAGGCUCAAAACAAAAAUUUGAUUGAUGCACGGAACCGACGAGAAAUCAGCAAAGGUUCAACUGAGACCAUUUGGUACGCCCUUCUACAGCAAAAUUGGCAACAAGUUCAACGAAUCAAAGAGUUGGAGAAAGAUGCAAGUUUUAGAAAUAUGGACGGGCAGCUUGAAGUACGACUAAGUUCCAAACAGAUCGGUUCAUUCAUGGAAAGAAUGAGAUUGGCCCUGGAGUCCAUGAUGCACAAGAACGGUAUCAGCCUACGCACCAAUAUGGAUAUUGUAGACACCAAUACUGAUCUCCAGCAUCUUUUCCAUCUUUUAUAUGGUGCCGAAACGAAUUUGGGACUUGAGAAACUCAUGAAGAAUCUAGAUCCACAGCUCUUACUUCGUGGUCUCUCAUUGGCAGCGGUGAAGCAGUGGAUUUUCAUGACAGACUUUCCAGUAUUCGAGGAAAAUCGCUUGUCAUUGGCGCAAAUGAAAGUUAUCUCACAAAAAGGAACGGCAACAACUGAAGCUAUGCCUGCUUUUGAAAGCCUUGUUGCAUCCGAGCAGCCAGGAAAGGACUUGACUUGCGAAGUUUGGAGACAUGCUUCUCUGUAUGCUUAUGAAAUAGAGACUGCUUCAAAAUUGAAUGAUCCUGCAGGUAUGAUGAUCAAACCAAGCAAUUUCAUUGUCCAUGAGGCAGAAGUGCGCGAGAAGAAAUCCUGCCUCAAAAGUGAAGUAACUUUGACGAGAGCCGUUGGGAUGCCGAUGAAGAAAUCAAUUUACGAGCAAAACCUGGACUCGGGAAAAGAGAAAAGGCCAAACAGAGGUGUAAAGGGCCAUCAGAUUAAUGCAGAUGUUGAUAAUACAGCAAAUAUUGGGAAAUUCACCACGAAGAAUGGAUUGCAGCGGGGCAUUGGGCCACCGAUAAUUGAUCAAACAGGUAGAUGUUCCCAGGAACCACUCAAGCAAUGUGGUGGGACACCUAGAGAAUCAUCAUCCUAUUGCUCGACCUGCUUGAACUUGUACCCAGAAGCAGUCCUCGAAGAGCACCUAAAGAAAAGACCUGUUUGGUGCCAAGCUCCUUGCUCUAUAUGCAGUGGGAAAUAUACCCGAAAGUCCGACAUUGCUAAGCAUAAACGACACCAAAAGAAUCAAAGAGUCGAUGCGGAAUUGAGCGGUACCAAAAAAUUGAAAACAUCUCCCCUCGACUUUUUAGUAGAAGUCGCAAAAAAGAAAUUGGAUGCCGAUCGGGUGACAACAGUUGCGAAAGCAGAAUUACCACAAAAUAAUUCUGGUAAAUCGAGACAAAGAUCUAACAGGAGAUCAACGCGGCUGAAUGUCCAAGAAGGAAGAGCUCUUGGAGUUGAAGAUAACAUGCCUCCUGAAGUGAUGAACGACAGUUCUCCUAAGGCGAAUUGCAAUGUUCCUCUUGAAGUGGAAGCUGAGGAUCUCUGCGACACCUCUGCAGUCAACGAAACUGAAACAAGACCAGUGAUACCGAAGUCUUCAAGUUGUGAAAAGUGUGGGGCGAUUUUUACAUCUAGUGAGGGCGUUACCAGACACCAAAGAAUGAAAAGUAUGGUAGAGCUACGUACUGUGUUGAUCGAUGAGCUAACAAACGACCUUAGUUUGUAA